UAUAACCUGGGGAAAAACAAUUUGAGACAUGUCAAUAGGAAAUGAGUUACAAACAAAGUUUUUUAAAAGCAUUUUCUUCCUAGACGAUCAUGUCAUGGAUCAUGUAUUGCUCAGAUUCAAAAGAGAGAUAUGGAAUUUUAAUAUUUGCAUCUGUGAAUGUGGAAUUUAGCAAGCAGCAACAUCAGAUUCACUGCAUAAAACUGCUUUCUUUGGACAAUUGGACAAUUCAACGUUAAUAUAAUAUAAAUGAGUAGCCUAUAUAUGAAAUUUGAAGAAAAAAGCGAUAGAUAGAAUGCGCAUGCGUACGAAAAUGACGGGCGGUCCUUAGAGAAGUUUAGUAUGUUUGUUGACGCCCCUUUGAAAUGUGGGAAAUGUGGUUUUAGGUGCCUGACGCUUCUUUUGUAGUCUACAACGUAUUACGUAAGGGGGUCAGUAACUACACUGACCAACCGGUAUGGUUUUAAAAACAAGGUUUCGCCUCUUAUUAAAGGUCGUAGUCCGCUGUCUUACUGAGUAAACACGAGCAUACACUCCAGGCUCGUGGUUCUUUUGGGAAAUCGUUUUACAUUCAUAAAUAUAUAUAUACAUUUUUUUUUCAGUGGGAAUCAGAGGACACCGGCAGCCUGCUAUGUCUCCUGUACAAGAAAACUCGCGAUGGCCCCGAGUAUCAAAGUUCACUCUGUCAGCAUGUGCUGCAACUGUUGCAGAGUUAGUCACAUUUCCUCUGGACCUUACCAAAACCAGACUUCAGGUACAGGGUGAAGGUGGUUCCCGACAUCAUGGUGGAAAUGUACAGCCUCCAAAAUACAGGGGCAUGCUGAGCACAGCUCUGGGUAUAGUGCGAGAAGAGGGGCCCUUGAAACUGUGGCAAGGGGUCACACCAGCUAUCUACAGACAUAUAGUGUAUUCAGGCGGCAGGAUGUUAGCUUAUGAACAGCUCAGGGAAUCUGUCCUGGGAAGAUCUGAAGAUGGUGUUUUUCCAGUAUGGAAAGCAGUGAUCGGCAGUAUGAUAUCAGGUGCCUUGGGCCAGUUCAUCGCUAGUCCAACAGAUCUAGUGAAGGUUCAGAUGCAAAUGGAGGGCAGGCGCCGUCUAGAAGGGAAGCCGCCAAGAGUACAUGGGGUUUACCACGCAUUUACAAAGAUCGUAGCAGAGGGAGGAAUACGAGGCCUUUGGGCUGGAUGGGUUCCCAACGUUCAGAGAGCUGCACUGGUCAAUUUAGGAGAUCUCAUGACAUACGAUACCGUAAAGCAUUUUCUACUGAGAAACACCUCCAUACCAGACAACAGCAUUUGUCACGGAUUGGCCAGCGUAUGCUCAGGAUUGGUUGCAGCUAUUAUGGGAACACCAGCUGAUGUGGUGAAAACUAGAGUAAUGAACCAGCCACGGGAUUCAAAUGGGAGGGGUCUUCUCUACAAGUCUUCUACUGACUGUCUGGUUCAAUCUGUGAGAAAAGAAGGAUUUUUUUCCCUCUAUAAAGGAUUUCUACCAACUUGGUUUAGAAUGGCUCCCUGGUCUUUGACUUUCUGGCUUACAUUUGAGCAAAUGAGACGAGCAAUGGGCAUCAGCUCGUUUUGACGAAUUUAAGAGUUGGACCUAGAAUAUUUUUUUACUUUGUCUCUAUAAAGUUUCUGAGCUGAACAUUCCAGUCCUCAUGUUUUAGGUGUGAAUUUAAUUGUAUGCAGGUACACAUUGCAGGACACGAAUAUUAGGAUGAAGUUGUUUGAUCACUGUAUGGUGCUGGAAAAAUGUAAAUGGCAUAGCAAUCAUUAAGUCCUUUAAAAAAAAGACAUUUGUUGUCUUCUUUUAACAUUUUUUAAAUGGUUUUAGUUUUCUUAACUAUAACAAACCUGGAUCAAACAACCACUAGAGGGCAUCCAGUCAAAAACAAUUGAGCAGAAACGAAAUAAACCCGGAACGUAAACAUGAA